CUUACCCCCAAAAGCAUGGAACCCCGGACACGGAGUCUUAAGACAAGCCCAGGAUCGUUUGACAGGAAAUUCUGUUGCGACCAGCCUGCAUGCUCCAAGGCUUUCACUCGGAGAGAGCAUCUCCAGCGGCACCAGCUGAACCUCUGUGAAAUACCAAAAGGCUCCAAAAUGGCCUUGCCCACAGUGCCAUAAAAAGUUCUUUCGGCUUGAUCUGCUGCAACGACAUGGCAUGGUCUCUCAUGGGAUUUCCAUCCCAGAAGCACAAUCAUCCAGAACGGGACUGCGGAAGCACGAAGCAUCCGAGCGAAGGUCAAAUAGCCGAUCAUUGAGGCGCAAAACUCCACUGGAGCAGGUCUCAAACGAUCAAAAUUAUGAUGCCGACCAUCUUGAGGAAGGCGAGGUUCUCGUUGGCCCGUCAUCAGCACCCUCUUUGUUGGACAACGUAUCAAGCGCGUCCCGGGAACAGGACUGCCAAACACCUACCGUUACUGUGCGAAGCUUAUAUGCUCUUCAGGAAAAGCAGUCUUCUGACCCCUUGCCCCCGGAUCCCCAGACUACUGUGAAUGGAAACGCAAUUACCGAGGAACAGUCGCAUCGUGUUACCCAUGCAUGUGAACUCGACGCCCUCAACAGUCCAGAAGUGUUCCGGUGGGAGAAUGAAUUGGAGCCUCAGCACCUAUUUGACUCGCAUGAUCACGGCCUUGGAUGGUUAUUCGACGAUGACUCCCGAGAAUCUAGUCUGCUAGAUGAUGGAAACAUUCCAUCAUUUUUCAAUCUCGAUGGCCAACUGACAAGUUUCGAUGACUUCUGGAGCCACAAGGCUUCCCUCCCCACCGGCACCUCUUGCCCUGCAUCAGCUGCUGAGCCUGGCAUCGAAGUCGACUUGGCAGCGAUGGUUUCCGAACCACCAGGUUGUCACUAUAAAAUCUGUCACGCCCUUACACAAAGACAUCGUGAUCAGCUUCUAUGGUCGCUCCGGGCGGAUUUUCCCGAUCUCUGCAUUGCAGACCCGCUCCUUUCGCUCAACAAUCUACAGCAUGGGCUACAUCUUUAUUUCAAACACGUAUCUCCCGAAUAUUCGAUUUUCCAUUCUUCUCUGGUCACUCAAUCCGAGACGAAAGAAAACGCGAUUCAAGAAUGGUACGGAGAGCGACCAUCUUGGCAUCUAAUUUGGGCAAUGAUAAUACUUGGAUGGCUAUGCCCAAGCUACACCAGUGUAAGCGAUGGACGGAAGAUAUUUAACAUGAGUGCAGGAAUUCACAAAGCACUACGAACCCAUGUUCUGGCACAUAUUUUCUCAACACCAAGUCCGUCUUUAUCGCUAAUACAACUGCUUUUCCUCACACUGGUCUUUGCUCGAUAUUAUGGACGCUCCGAAGAAGCGUCCGGUUUUGCCAUCAACAUACAUGGGGUACUCAUUGACACUGUUCGAAGACUUGAUACCCGCGAUGACUGUGUACUUGCGUCCGGCGAAAAGACCGAGAACCUUUCGACGGAGAUGAGAUGGUUCAAUUGGAUGAAAGUCGAAAGCCUGAGACGGUAUAUUGACACCAAGUUUUUCUUACUCUCGAUCAUUUCUUUUCUGGACAUCAAAAUUGACGAAAGGCUAAUCUGGGGCGAACUGAGGUUCUCUCCUUUUGAGCUGAAUUUUGUUCCUCCGUGCGAAGAUGAGCUUUGGUACGCUCAGUCAGCGGAUGAGUGGCACGAAAUCCAACAGCAAGCCAAUGCUGACGACCGGCGUGGCGACGAAGACAAUUACCUUCGCCUGCUGAAACACUUUUGGAACCACGCUCCAAGCUAUCCAUUCUCCAACGGCGCAAUAAGCACGCUCGAUCAAGACACAACUUGGACGGUUGCAUGGGAUAUCCGACGUCAAAGUAACACGAACCUUUCGCCUUUCCGCCUAAAGGCCCGCAGGCGUGCCGGUGGCAACUCUUCGUCAAGUGACUGGGUACCCGUUGAACUUUCUUCUCAUGUUCAAAAAUCCUUUGAGGAGUGGAUUUCGUGGUGGACUUCGCAGACUUUGACAUUGUCCAUCAAGCAUGUUGCACUUACGUGGCGAAAUUGCACGUGCAUGUUUCGCCUGGCCCAUGCAUUAUAUGAGGUUGGCUCUUUCGAUUUCCAGAUAAUUUCUGGUCGGGCCAUGAUCGAAGGUCGGACUAUCAGGGCCUCGGAAUACCUUGCAAGUCAGAGGAGGUUCAAGCAGUGGGUAAAGCAGGACAAUUCUCUACACGCAGUCUUAGAGGCGUCCAAGGUUAUCCGCGACCGCCUCAGGACGGAAUUCUCGUCAACCGUCCACUGCCACCACUGCUCAUGGUUGCUAUAUCUUGCAGGUCUGUUGUGUUGGCUGUAUGGAUUCGCCCUGCGGAACGGGUGGCAGACGAGUCUGACCCAUCCUCACGGAGACAAACAAGGAGUAUCAUCCCGAUCAGAUUUAGGACUUGUUCAUGCUGGUUUCGGCACAGAAGCUUGUGAAGCAUACCUUGAUGCUGCCAUCUUUGGUAUACAACAAAAGCUUGGCCCCAACCAGGAUGGAAGCGACGGAGCGCACGUUGAUCUGGCGUCCAAGCUUCAGUAUACUCACGGGGUCUUGAUCACGCUUGCUGACAUGUUGGCAAAGCACACCGAGGGCAGAAGAAGUUGGCUGAUAGAAGAUGCGAUCGUGAACUUGAGGAGACUUACUUAA